AUCACCCUCUGGAUCAUGCUCGCCUCCUUGGCCAAAAUAGGGUUUCACCUCUACAACAGGCUGCCUUCUGUCGUUCCCGAGAGCUGUUUGUUGAUAUUUGUAGGACUCAUCAUGGGGGGAAUCAUUUAUGGCCUAAACGACAAGUCACCCCCUGUUAUGGACAGUGACAUCUUUUUCCUCUACCUGCUGCCACCCAUUGUCCUUGAUGCUGGGUACUUCAUGCCCAGCAGGCCCUUUUUUGAGAACAUGGGCACCAUCCUCCUCUACGCGGUGGUGGGGACGAUAUGGAACGUCUUUGGGAUUGGCUUUUCCCUCUAUGGGAUCUGCCAGGUGAAAGCCUUCCAGCUGCAGGACGUCUCGUUGCUCCACAACCUCCUGUUUGGCAGCCUGAUUGCUGCCGUGGAUCCCGUGGCAGUCUUGGCUGUCUUCGAGGAGAUCCACGUCAACGAAAAGCUGCACAUCUUGGUCUUUGGCGAGUCGCUCCUCAACGACGCGGUGACAGUGGUGCUCUACAAGCUCUUUCGCUCUUUCUGUGAGAUGCCAACCAUCAAAAGCGUGGAUGUUUUUGCUGGAGUGGGAAAGUUCUUCGUGGUUGGGCUAGGAGGAAUUCUAGUAGGGCUGACCUUCGGGAUGACGGCCGCCUUCACCACGCGCUUCACCAAGGACAUCCGUGUCAUCGAGCCCCUCUUUGUCUUCCUCUACAGCUACCUCUCCUACCUCACUGCUGAGAUGUUCCACCUCUCGGGGAUCGUGGCCAUCAUUGCUUGUGCCAUGGGCAUGAAACGUUACGUGGAGGCCAACAUCUCUCUCAAGUCUCACACCACAGUCAAAUACUUCAUGAAGAUGUGGAGCAGUGUUAGUGAAACCCUCAUCUUCAUCUUUCUUGGCGUUUCCACUAUUGGAGAAAACCACGAGUGGAACUGGCCAUACAUUUGCUUCACUGUCAUUUUCUGUCUCAUUUGGAGAGCACUAGGGGUCCUGGUGCUGACCUUCUUGGUGAACAGAUGUCACGUGAACACCAUCACCAGUAAAGACCAGUUCAUUAUUGCCUACGGGGGCCUCCGAGGAGCCAUUUGCUUCUCCCUGGUUUUCCUGCUCCCCGACUUUCACCGGAAGAAGCUCUUCAUUGCAGCAACAACUGUUGUCAUCCUCUUCACCGUGUUUGUCCAGGGAAUGACCAUCCGGCCUCUCGUUGACUUGUUGGCUGUCAAGAGGAAAAGAGAGAGUGCUCCCACAGUGGGGGAGCAGAUCCACAUUCGGUUCUUGGAUCAUUUGCUGGCUGGCAUUGAAGAUAUAUCUGGUCACUGGGGACAGUAUUACUGGAAAGACAAAUUGGAGUAUUUCAACAGCAAAUACCUGCAGAAGAUCCUCCUCCGGGAGUACGACCAGCCCAAAUCCAGCAUCGUGCUCCUCUACGAGAAGCUGGAGCGCAAACACGCCAUCCAGCUGGCAGAAACAGGGCAGCUGGGGCAGACCCCGACUGUCACAACAGACAAAAAUCUGGAGGAUACUCUGAAUCCUGAUGUCCUGGAAAAUAUACAGGAAAUCCUGGCAAGGAACCUGUACCGAAUAAGGAGAAGGGGACCAGCCUACAACAGGCACACCCUUCCUGGGGACACCGAGCCUGUGGAACAUGCCAAGGAGCUCCUGAUCCUCCGACACAAGAACCUGUGGGUGGAAGUGAGUGGAAGUGACACAGCCAGCUCUGGGAAGGAGAAGGACGACUCCUACUCGGCGCAGGGGGACUCCAGCACGCAGCUCAAGCUGUCCCGUUCCUUCUCAGUGAGGGAUGCGGAGAAGGUUCCGGAAGGGAAGCAGAACCGGUCCAAGUCGGUGUGUGUCCUCCCACCCCCACAGCCCAGCAGCACAGCUUGGGGGGAGGAGAAGCAAACGGAGAAAAACCUGACUCUGGAGGGGUAAAAGCUUCAGAGGUGCUGCCUGGAGGGGUCUGACUUUGGUGGAUGUCUGCUGUAGGUGUAGAUAAUGUAAAUAACAGAUGUCUUGAAAAGGAAAGCGUGGGCAGGGCUUCCUGCUCAUGGCAGGGAGGUUGGAACCUUGAGGAUCUUGAAGGUCCCUUUCAACCUUCACCACAGAAUCAUUGAAUCACUAAGUUUGGAAGGGACCUUCCAGAUCAUCAAGUUCCAACCCCCCUGCCCAUGAGCAGGGAACCACCAGACCAGGUUGCACAAAACCUCGUCCAACCUGGCCUUGAAAACCUCCAGGGAUGGGGCAUCAACAACCUCCCCGGGCAUCCCAUCCCAGUUCACAGUUCUGGGAUUCUAUGAAAUGUCCUGAGUGGUUUGCACCCACACGUCUGCUCUUACUGCACAGUGAUGGGUUUUGACUGGGGAGCAGGGGAGAAAUGCACAGCAGAGCACCAGCAGUGUGGGGUCAUGGCUGAGGGAGAAUUUGUAAGGAAUGCCUAGGAAAAAUUAAGCUGGGAAAACUGCUGAAACUGUCUAAAGCUGCAAGACAGGUGAGAUAUCUGAUCCUCUCAUUAGGCAGCAGUGACAGACAAAAGAGCAGGGAGCAUUUAGAUUGUAUGGUAGGAAAAACUUUGUCAUCUCAAGGAGGGUUUUAUUAGGUGAUGGGACAUGCCACCAGGAAAGGCAGCAGAAAUGGUGAAAGGUCUCUUCUUCUCCUCAGGAACUGGUGGGUCCUGACCAUGGACAUUAAUCAUGUGAAGUUCAGAGUUAAAUCAUGUAGUUUAUUAAGGUGUUGUGUCUUACUGGAGGCUAGACACUGUUCUUUUGAUGACAACUUCUUCCUGCUGUGCUAAAAGGGGAAAAUAUAUUCUUAGGGAUUUAAAAAAAAAUAUGUAAGAAAUGGUUCAUCUCAAAAAAUGAGAUGGAGAAGCUCCAAAUCCAGUGGUGAUACCAAGAGCUGAGCAUGCCAGCCCUGUGAGAGAUGGGGAAGGCUGGUGCUGUGGUCUGCAAAGGGUCUCCAAAAAGAUCUCCUGGCACAGCUGAGAGCUGCAGGGGGCAGAGGAGCUUUGAAUGUGUCUCCUUAGAAGGUGCAAGAGGGAGAGGGACCCAAAACCUCACUGCUGUGGAGAGCUCCUGUCAGGAAAGGUGCCACCCUCUUUCAGAGCAGAUGCAGGGAUAGUACCUGAGGAAGAUGGGUAUCUCCACCUUUGGGUCAUUUGCCUUGAAACUCCAGGUAAAUGUUGGAAUUCUUGUCCUUAGCUGAACCCAACAGGGUGAGUUUCAACGUUGCAAACAUCAACAUGUUUCUUUCUCUUCCCCUUCCUCUGCCUUGAAGGAUCCAAGAGUAUUUCAUUAGAACGAGCAGCUCUUUCUGAAAUAAAAAGAAAAGAAACUGCAGGAAUUCACAUGCUCCAUUCCAUGGCAUUUUGGGACUUCCAGAACCAACCUCCUGCAUGCAGAAACACUGCCUGGUGCACUGGGGCUUUCAUUUGAAGUUAGAGAGACAAAAUGGGGUGUAUUUGCUUUACAGUGAUGUGGAGGUCUCCUUUCCAGUUGAAAAAAACCCUUUUACAGUGUCCUGACAUGAGCUGAGUUAGCUUAUCCUGACCUGAGGGACAUUCUUCACUCCCCCAUCACUGGAAAUUCACCUUACUGCAAAUGAAAAUGGGACCUUUUAGCCUUGCAUGUGUAUUUUGUGUCUGGGUGCACAUCCAUGUACAUAUUCACUGAUCUUAGUGUCAGUCCUUUGUUGUCUUUGGGUACUUUAUAAGCAGUUUGGUUUGUUUCUGAAUUAAUUCUGUCUUGCAUGGGAGUGAGGUGGAUUGGUCUGUACUUUAUUUAGAAAACUGCCUUUCUUGAAGAUGUUGUAAUAUAUAUGUACCCUGUUGCUGUCUGAAUUAAAUAUGCUGUAUUAUGAGAUCAUCUAAGGGUUAUUACCUCCUUGCAUCUGCAAUAUGCACACAAGUGAGAGGGGAAAAAAUACUGAAUCUGGAGAUCCUUGGCUACCUGGUCUUGAAAUAUCCUCUGUUCACCUGCAGUUUAAUGUCCACGGUGCUUGAAAUUUCUCCUUAACUUCUGCAGAAGUUAAGAAAGAUGGGUCCUUUUUAUUCUGUAGUUGGAGGGCAAAAAGGCAAAUCAAUCAUGUUGCUUUCCAAAGAGUUUUUAGUCAAGGGUAGGAACUUUUUUAAUCCUUUGGCCAGUUGUUGCUUGGUUUUGGAUUUUUUUGGGUUGUUUCGUUGGGGUUUUUUUUGGCUUCUGAACUGUCUUGCUUUUUUUUUGUCCAAAAUACCUGGCUGUCUGUACCAUCUUUGUCUUGUACAGGAUCCUUCAUGCUUCUGGGUCCUUAAAUAAUGAGCUUUUUAUCGUUGGGGUUUCACGUCGUGUAAAACGAGUUCUCUGCAAUAUUGUUCUGGAUGAUCAAGGACCUUCCUGUUUUGGCACGUGUAGGUUUCUUUGUCAUACUGUAGUAGGCAGCAGAAAUGUUUGGAAAAACCAGGGCACUUCCAGAAAAUGGAACUGAAUUUUUUUUGUGGGAAAAAAAAAAAAAGAGACCAUCAUUUUGCUUGCAGGUUUUUUUUGGAGUUGCACGUUUUCAUCUUCCUCCAGCACAACAAGAGCCAGGUUCUCCCAGCUCCUAGCAAUCCCAGAUGUUGCUUGGCUGGAGGCUGCAGCAGGUUCCUACCAUCCCCACGUCCCUGGCCUGAUCCUGCCCAGAUCCCAGCCCCUUUAAUCCCUCCUCAACCCUGCUUUGCAACGUGGGCACCAGGAACACUUCUCUGCUCUAUUAACGAUUUGCUUGAUCUGCAGAGAAGACAAUGUUCUCUACAUACUUUCCCAAUGAGUCACUCUGCCCCAAAUUUAACCUUCUAGAUACUAUGGAUUUUAUUUUUUUUUUCCCCUAAAAGUUUCUUUACAAAACAUAAUAGCCCAGCUAAAGCUUUCAGGAGGUAUGUUCCAGUUACUUACUGGCCAAGCCCUCCGACCAGUGUGCAUUUCAGCCCAGAAUACCUUCAAUAAUCUUGGCUGGUAUCCAGUGUUGGUGGUCUUAAAAUUCUACAACUGAGUGGAAAACUGCUAAAUGCCCAGGCUUCAGAGCAUGCCUAAUUAAUUCUUUGCAGGGUUUUAGGCCUUUAGAAAGUGUUAAAAACCGGGGAUUGAGUGUAUCAUUGAAUAUCUCAUGGUUCUGGGGAAAUAAAUGGCAUCAGUUUGAUUCC